GGCAAUUUGCCAUGAACUUCCGGUUCAAGAUAAAGACACACGCGGAUCUAGUGGGAACAGAAUCUAAAUAAUUUUAAUUAACCGGGAAAGAAGACCAAAUUAUUUAUUUUACGCUCUGCAACUAUAAUGUCCAAUAACGGUGCUCCGGAUUCAUGGGAAAAUGAAGCGGAAAUAAUAGGUGAAAAAGGUGCAAAGGAUUCUAAUGAUGUGUCUUCAAAAAUUUCCACGUUGAAUGUAAAUGCCAUGGAAUUCGUGCCUUCUUUUUCUAAGCCUUCUCAGGCUAGCGAUAGUACCGAUUCCCCUACCUCCCCCCAGAAAUCAGAAAGCGGUUCUUCGAAUUCAGCCGGGAGUCCCGUCUUAAACGGAUGUGGCGAUGGAGGCGGAGAAAGCAGUGAUGGUGGUGCAGCAUCUGCUUCUCCACGUGUUGAAGAACCACCACCUACUACUGCAUCUGUCCCGCCCGAUGUCUCGCCCACUGCAGACAGUUGGGAAGUUGAGGCUGAUGAUGCACUACUCACACCUGAAGAAAACAAUGAACCGGAAGAAGAAGAAUUGGAUACACAAGUAGGAAACACAAAUCCUAACGAGGAUGGUGAAUUAACAAAAAAGAUUCCAAAGAAAAAACCACCACGAGUAGAAGACACACGAAGCAAAAAAGAACAUGUAAAUGUAGUAUUUAUAGGACAUGUAGAUGCAGGAAAGUCGACUAUUGGUGGUCAAAUAAUGUCACUCACUGGAAUGGUCGACAAAAGAACAUUAGAAAAAUAUGAAAGAGAAGCGAGAGAGAAAUCAAGAGAAUCAUGGUACUUAUCAUGGGCACUGGACACAAAUCAAGAAGAACGAGACAAAGGCAAAACAGUAGAAGUUGGAAGAGCUUAUUUUGAGACUGAAAAGAAGCAUUUUACAAUUCUUGAUGCCCCUGGACACAAAAGUUUUGUUCCAAAUAUGAUUGGUGGGGCUGCUCAAGCUGACCUCGCUGUAUUGGUCAUUUCUGCACGUAAAGGCGAAUUCGAAACGGGUUUCGACAGAGGAGGACAAACUCGUGAACAUGCGAUGUUAGCUAAAACAGCUGGAGUGAAACAUUUGGUAGCACUUGUAAACAAGAUGGAUGAUCCAACAGUUAACUGGGAUGAGAAAAGAUAUAAUGAAUGUCGAGACAAAAUUUUGCCUUAUCUUAAGAAAUUGGGUUUCAAUACAGCGAAAGACCUAUCCUUCCUUCCUGUUUCCGGCCAAACUGGACAAGGUUUAUUAGAACGACUAACUGAAGAUGUAUGCCCAUGGUACCGUGGACCAUCUUUUAUCCAACUCAUCGACGAGCUUCCGUCUCUAAACCGUAAGAUCGAUGGUCCAUUUAUUAUGCCUGUUGUUGAUAAAUAUAAGGACAUGGGAACGGUCCUCAUGGGCAAGGUGGAAGCGGGAACUACACGUAAAUCCAGUACAUUAUUUCUGAUGCCAAACAGGGUGCAAGUAACAGUUGAUCAACUUUGGUCCGAUGACAUUGAGGUAACCUCUAUUGGGCCUGGUGAAAAUGUCAAAGUAAAACUUAAAGGAAUUGAAGAAGAAGAUGUAUCUCCUGGUUUUGUUCUUUGCGACGUAACCGAACCGAUUACGACAGGAAGAGUUUUCGAUGCCCAAGUUGUGAUUCUAGAACACAAAUCCAUCAUUUGUGCUGGUUACUCUGCUGUUAUGCACAUACACUGUGCUGCUGAAGAAAUUACUGUUAAGGCUUUGAUUUGUUUGGUUGACAAAAAGACUGGAGAGAAGUCGAAAACGAGACCACGCUUUGUGAAACAAGAUCAGGUUGCUAUUAUGAGGAUAGAAUGUGCAGGAGUUAUAUGCUUAGAACCAUUCAAGAAAUUUGCUCAAAUGGGCAGGUUCACAUUAAGAGACGAAAAUAAAACCAUUGCGAUCGGAAAAGUUUUGAAGGUGAUUGAGUAAAUCGGCACUACAUUGUAAUUUAGCUAGGUUAGGCCUUUUGAGAACCUAUUAAUAUUUGCAAAGUGCAUGUAAAAUGUAUUCCAGGGUCUCAAAAUCCUGAGAAAGCUCGAGUACAGCUUGUUAUAUUAUUUUUCAUAGGAAACAAUAUAUUUUCUGCAUAUUUAGUUGUCUAUUAUUAUUAUAUUCAGUUAGAUCGUUUCAAAUAUUUCUUAUUACAUGUUGUUGAUAGUAACUUGUAAAAGUUUCAAUUAACAACAUAUGUAAAAUUACAAACAUUCUCAAUAAACUUUACACAACUGUGAAAUAAAUGUUUUUUGUUUUUUGAUAAAUUUAUACUCAAAAGUUAAAGGUUUAUAUAAAAAGGUACUAACUAACACUACAAAAUAAAACAAAAAAAGCUAAAUUAUUGGAGUUGUAAUGUCAUUGUAGUUGUCGAUGGUGAGACUCUCACUCUUCAUGCUGGAGUGAUCUCUAAUAAGUAACAAAUUGAUGCCAUCUAGAAAUUG